AUGACGCUCACCUUUCAGAUGGUUAAAAAGCAAAAAUAUUAUGCAGUCGUAUUAGGUCGAACACCUGGGAUCUAUGAUUCUUGGGAAGACUGCCAAAAAGAAGUAAUUGAUAAAUCUGACUCAUACUACCGUUCUUUUGACGAGUUCAAAUUAGCUAAAGAAUUUUUCGAUAAAAAUCAAGAGAAAUAUCAGAAAAAAAAAGAAUUAUUAAAUGAUCCCGAUAAACUUAUAGUUUAUAUCAAUGGUUCUAAAAUCGAAAAUAAUAAUGGAAUUAACUCAGGUAUUGGUGUGUUUUAUGAGAAGUCUGAAAAAGAACUUUACGAACCUAUCGAAGACGAUUUACAAUCAGCUGACCGUGCAGAGUUGUAUGCUGCGAUUAGAGCUCUCGAGAAUUGUCAGGAUCAAGAAAAAGUCAUCGAAAUCAGAUCAGACAACAAGAAUUUAAUCAAUACUUUUGAUUUAUGGAUCGAUAUUUGGAAGUCUAAUAAUUGGAUAACUGCAAGAAAAACAGAAGUUUUAAAUAGAGAUUUAAUCGAAUAUUUAGAUUCUCUGGUAAAUAAGAGAGAUGGAAAAGUUAUAUUUACUUAUGCAAAAAAUCAUUCAGGUAAUUUUAGAGUAAACAGAUUAUCUCGAAAAGCAGCCGCUAUUAGAAGGAACAAAACAAUAACAAAAAAAUUAUCUCCUUACAAUAGUUUCAUGAAAACAAAUCUUCCUAAAAUCAAAAAAGAUAACCCACAUUUAUCUCAUUCCGAAGCAUUUAAAUUAGUUGCUUCAAUGUGGAAAGAUUCUGAUACAAAUCCAAAGAAUUUUAACAAACAAAAAUAA